AUGAGUAGCUCGAGUCGAAUCAAACCGUUUGACGUCACGAUUGAAGCAAGUCGUUUACCGAUAGAAUGGGAGACGUGUAAAUUUGACCUGGAAUCAUUUUUUGUGGCUCAAAGAAUCGAAACACAAUUUGAGAAACGUGCACAGAAGGCUUAUCUUAGUGGACCUGAAUUACAAGGAUUAUUGAGACAUCUUCCGGGAGUCGAAAAGGUGCCACAUGUUGCAAUUGACCCCCCGUAUUACGACGUGGCUGUCCAAUGCCUUGAUGACUAUUUUGAGCCUUUCCGACGCAAAACUUUUGAACGCCACUUGUUCCACCAAAUCAGCCAAAACUCAGGAGAACGUUUCACUGAAUUUGUGAUGCGUCUCCGGAAGCAGAUUUCAAGAUGCUGUUAUGAUGCUUCGUUGAUCGAAGAGCUUAUCGCUGACCGGAUAACGCAAGGAUGUAGCUCGGAGGAAUUGAGAACUAAAUUACUUCAGAAAGACAGGAAUUUGGAGGAAAUCAUCGCAUUGGGAACGAGUUUGGCGGAGUCUACUCAGAAAUCCACAGACCUGAGCCGACAUCCUACACUGAGGAAGGACCAGCAAGAGAUAAACAUAGUUCGUCAUACCUAUCGAGGGUAUUCGGAGGAUCAGCGCAAUUUUAGGCCGGAAAUGCGAGGCAAGAGAGGUUUCCAACCAAGGUUCCCGCGGAACCACUCGAAUGAUCGGUUCAUCUGUUACAGUUGCGGCAAACGAGGACAUAUUCAAGGAAGUGGUGAUUGUCCCGCAAAAACAACUAAAUGUGCUAGUUGCGGCAGAACUGGCCAUUGGGCCAAACGGUGCUACAGUCGAAGACCAGCAGCGAAGCGAGGCCAAGAACUGUUGGCAACGUCCGAUGAGCCUAAACCAAAACGAAUCCGUGCAGUUGUCGAAGAAUCAGAGAAGGAUCGUGCACAGUACAUUUUUUACGCGAUGGGGCGUAACGUGUUCGUAUUUAAGGUAGGCGGAGUGGAAAUACCGAUGACCAUUGACUCGGGUGCGGACGCCAAUAUCAUCAAUCAAGAUACUUGGAAUCAGAUGAAGGAGGCAGGUGUGAACGUUGUAAACAUGUCGUCGGAGACUGAUAGAAAUCUGAUCGCGUACGCAACAGAGCAACCCAUGGUUAUUAAAGGAAUGUUCCAGGCGGAAAUUGAAGCGGGAGGAAACAAAGACUUCGCGAAGUUUUAUGUUGUGGAAGACGGUCAACAAUGUCUACUCGGCGAUAAAACAGCGAAAAACCUGAAAGUUCUAAAGGUUGGCUUCGACGUUGGAGCAGUAACGGACAAAAAGGACGAACAUUUUCCAAAGUUCCGUAAUGUUAUUGUUGAAAUACCGAUUGAUGCAGAUGUACAACCGGUACAACAACCCUAUAGGCGUCCUCCGAUUGCACUCGAAAAGCAGAUAGAAGAAAAGCUACAUUCGCUGCUUCAACAGGACAUCAUUGAGCGGGUGAAGGGACCAUCUCCAUGGGUCUCUCCGAUGGUCCCAGUUACCAAAGACUCAGGAGAAAUUCGAUUAUGUAUCGACAUGCGCCAGGCGAAUAGAGCAGUUUUGAGGGAGACGCAUCCUUUACCUUUGAUUGAUGAGUUACUGAGCUCGAUGAACGGUGCAGUAUGUUUCUCAAAGAUCGACAUUAAGGACGCCUACCAUCAGGUGGAGAUCUCUGAGAAGUCAAGGCCGAUCACAACUUUUAUCACCAAGCAGGGCCUGUUCAGGUACAAACGGUUAAUGUUUGGGGUUAGUUGCGCACCAGAACUAUUCCAGAAAGUGAUGGAAUCGGUGGUAGCAGGACUUGACGGGAUAAUUGUUUAUCUAGAUGAUGCUAUUGUUCACGGACGAACCCAAACAGAACACGACGAAAGGUUGAAAGCGGUUCAAGAUAGGUUGACUGAGUACGGAGUUCUUUUGAAUGAUAAGAAAUGCGUAUAUAAUGUAAGGUCACUCGAGGUUCUGGGACACGUAUUAUCAACUGAUGGUAUUCGCCCAACGGAGAGUCGGAUUGAUGCAAUUAAGAAGUUUAGAGAACCACAAAAUGUGGCCGAGUUGAGAAGCUUCCUGGGAUUGGUCUGUUAUGUUGGCCGGUUUAUCCCGGAUCUGGCUUCAAGAACUGAUUCCCUCAGGCAACUUCUUCGUACGGGAGUACGAUUUGAAUGGGCAGAACAGGAAAAGACGGAUUUUAAGGCACUUAAGGAUACCAUUUCUAAAAUUGAGUAUCUAGGAUUCUUCAAUCCCAAAGACCAUACAAAACUUAUUACGGAUGCAAGUCCAACGGGACUCGGAGCAGUGCUACUCCAGGAGGAUUCUGAUGGAAGAACCAGAGUGAUUGCAUACGCCAGCAAGGCACUCACAGAUGUUGAAAAGAAAUACUUUCAGACGGAAAGAGAGGCGUUGUCACUUGUUUGGGGUGUAGAGAAGUUUAAACUAUACUUGCAGGGUAUAAAGUUCAGUUUACUGACUGAUUGCAAAGCAUUGGAGUUUUUGUUCAGUCCAAGAUCUCGUCCGUGUGCUCGUAUAGAACGAUGGGUCUUAAGAUUACAGGCUUUCAACUACAAUGUCGAACACAUACCAGGAGCAGCGAACAUCGCGGAUGCUCUUUCACGACUAACAGUUCAUCCCGCGGAGCAAUACGAUUCUGACGCUCAAGAAUAUGUCCGUUGCGUAGCCGAAAAAGCGGUACCAGUUGCACUAACCUUCACAGAAAUAACGCAAGGAACUCUGGAAGACGCGGACAUUCAAGCGGCAAUCAAGGCUCUUGAGAUUGGACGAUUCGAUGACAUUCCAAAAGAAUAUAAACCAUAUGAGUCUGAAUUGUGCAGCGUGGACGGAGUUUUGCUCAGAGGUAACCGGUUAGUAAUUCCAAAGACUCUAAGAAAUCGAGUAAUAGAACUGGCUCACGAAGCGCAUCCGGGUAUCGCUGCGAUGAAGCGCAGGCUGCGGCAAAAGGUAUGGUGGCCUUUGUUGGAUAAAAGUGUAGAAAACUGUGUUAAACAGUGUAAACUAUGCACAAUGGUCUCUUCGUUGGGUGUUCCUGAACCGCUACAUAGAACUAAGAUGCCAAUGAUGCCAUGGAUUGACAUCGCUGUGGAUUUUAUGGGUCCGUUACCGUCCGGUCACAACCUCCUGGUCCUCGUGGAUUAUUUUAGUAGAUUCACAGAAGCCAUAGUGAUGAAGCAGAUCACCGCUAAGCGUACCAUCCAAGCACUUCAUGAAUCUUUUUGUAGAUUCGGCGUUCCAGAAACAAUCAAGGCGGAUAACGGCCCCCAAUUUAUAAGUGAUGAAUUAGCAGCAUACUGCCGAGAAUAUGGCAUCCAGCUCCGUAAAACUACCCCUUAUUGGCCGCAGGCAAACGGAGAGGUGGAGAGAGCGAAUAAGACUAUUCUGAAACACUUGAAAAUAAGUCAGGAAUCUGGAAGCGUGGAUUGGGUUUGGGAUUUACGUUCGUUUUUACUAAUGUAUAACUCUACACCGCAUGCGACAACCGGGGAAGCGCCGUCCUCUCUCAUGUUCGGAAGGGUUUUACGUGACAAGCUUCCAAGUAUGGACCACAGAAGGUUUCGAAUGAACGCAGAGGAGAUUCGGGACAGAGAUUGGUCGAAAAAACUGAAAGAUGCGGAAUACAGUGACACUCGCCGUCAUGCAAAGCUUUCCGAACUCAAAGAGGGAGAUGUAGUUGUCGCAAAGCGAAUGCAUAAGAGCAACAAAUUAUCAACGACUUUUGGUCCGGAAGAGUUCGAGAUCAUCAAAAUGAAUGGUUCGGAUGCAACACUGCGGUCAACUGAAUCAAAACGCAUCGUCCACCGCAACGUAGCUCAUCUGAAGCCGCUGCUGAGUAAAACGCCACUUGAAGAUCACGAGACAAUGGCGAAAUCUAGGGAUACGAACCAACCAGGAUCAACUUUAGAUUCAAGGUCGGAACAGCGGCCAAUGCGAUCACUACGCGCCCCCACAUAUUUGAAGGACUAUCAAACUAAAGCUGUUUAUGACUAUUGA